AAUGUAAUUUUUUCUUCUUUUCAACGCUUAUUUUCUAAACUUAAAAAUUACUGUUGCUUCUACUCCAUUAUUUUUUGUCCACCUGAUGAUGCAGACUACAGGACUCACGAAGGGGCGCACAGCCUACCAACACUACAUACCGCCAGUCAAUUUUGGGUACGUUGAGAACGACCUUUAUCGGUGCGGGCAGCCGAACGAACUCAACUUUCCAUUUAUGGAGAAGCUCGGCUUGCGGUGCAUCGUAUGGCUGGCGCCCGAGGAGCCCAAUCAGAACGUAAUGAGCUUUGUCGACGACCAAGAGAUCCAGCUGCACCACCUGGGCGUCCCAGAAAGCGGCAAUGCAUCUGACCCAGUCACUGAGGACACUAUUCUCGAGGCAUUCAACCUGAUUCUGGACAAGAAGAACCACCCGAUGACGAUUAUGUGCAAUAUCGGUCGCCACCGCACGGGCACGGUAGUCGGGUGCUUGCGCAAGCUGCAGCGGUGGAACUUGGCGUCUAUCUUUGAGGAGUAUCGUCGGUUUGCUGGCCCCAAAGUGCGCAUUCUGAAUGAGCAGUUUAUUGAGCUUUUCGACACUGAUUUGGUUCGCAUACCUGUUGACCCGCCAGAGUGGCUUUAGAUAUUGUACGUUGCUUUGGUGGUGGUGGGGGGGGGGGAUUUUGCACUAUCUGCAGUGUCAUGCUGCAUGUUUUGCUUUUAGAACAAGAACCCGGCCGGAACGUGCUUAGCCAGGGCGUAAUGUUGAAAAUUAAUCGGGCAAUAUCGUCUGUCCGCUGGCCAAUUUGGUGCAGCUCUUAGUAUUCCGAUUAGAAUAUAAGCUGGGAUUAAAGGCACAAAAUGCAGUAGUGCCGCUGCAAUAAGUGGGCGGCAGUUGUAGGUGUUCCAUCUUAUUUCUAUUUUACACAUGUCUCUCUCUUUCUUCUGUUGUUUGUGCCGUGCAUAUUUUUCUUUUCUUUUUCUCUUUU